AUGCCGUCCGAAGAUGAACAACAUCGUGUCGCUAUCCAAGCGCGCGAGAAGCAGGUCCUGCAGCUGCUCUCCCGUCCCUCCGCAGCCCUCAAGGCAGCUCUCACCGAUCCUCCUUACAGCGCCAAAUCGCCAGACGUGCGGAAGUCGAGCAUGAAGGUUGUGGUGAAGGCCAUUCAAGGAGUGCAGGAGAAGGAGAUCGCCGGUGUGAUCGACGAGCUGUCGGGGGAGGAGCAGGAUGUGCUGAUGAAGUACCUCUACCGAGGGCUGGAGGAGGUAGAGGCUUGCAACUCUCUGCUCAAGUGGCAUGCGAUUCUCACCGAGAAAGCGGGAGUUGGGUGCAUUAUGAGGGUUCUUGCAGAUAGAAACAAGUUGUAA